UAUUCCUCCACUCCUCCACCCACCCCACGCAACCUCCCCCCCUCCACACACCCCCCAUGACAAUCACCGCCGACGACUUCUGGGCGACCAUCGCGGCCGCCUGGGCGCAAGUGCGCGGCGGGGCGCGCGCGCUCUCCGGGCUGACGCACAAGAAGAGCUACGUCCGCCGCGUCGCGGUGGCCGCGACGAACGUGCUUCUCCCUGACAUGCUCAAGGCGCUUGAACGCAGCCUGCGCGCGUACGCCCCCGAAGAGCUGCGCGCGUGGGACGCACACCUGCAAGCCGCGCUCGCGGCGCUCGAGCGGCCGGACGUGCGCGCGGCGCUGCGCUCCCCGUCCGACGAGGCGUUCUUGUACGCGCGCGCGUGGGCCGUCUGCGCGGGCCGGGCGUACUAUGCGUGCGUGGAGCGCGAGCCGGGGGCGUAUGGCGUGCACGACCAGUGGGAGGAGGGGGUGUUGUAUGUCGCCGAGCGCGUGUAUGAGAAGCGGCACGGCAAAUGGGCUUGAGUGGGUGCCACGUGGCUCCACGUGGUGCCACGUGGUGCGGGGGCUACUCAGAAGUUGGCGGCAUGGCGGGUUGGCAGAUUUCAGGAGCAAGCGACAGUGCCGAGGAGAGACAGCGAUCCUCCACUCCUCACCGAAAACGAGAUGUACAUUUCCAUAGCUUUUCCAUAGCAUGCGCGGCCAAUACGUAACGGAGAGACAUGUAGCAUGAUGCCGUG